ACCCCUGCGUGACACCCAGUGCUCAAGUUGAAACCAUAGCCGCCAACCAUUUCAUCAGACACGAGCUUCCGGGAGUUGACCGGAAUCUCUUGAGGCGUGCGGACAAGCGGGGUUCUGUCAUCAUCAUUCGUGUCCGGACUUUUCAUUGGCGACGAGGAUCAAACAACCCCACAUACACAAUCCCGAUCGAACCCCGCUAUGUCCCAACACCAGCUCCCACCCAUCUUCAACCACCUGGACCACUCCGAAGGCGAACGCUCAGAAGCAUUCCGCUUCUGGUCGCGAAGAUUUGAGGCCUUUGCUGAGGGCUACUACUGUCACAAGGAAAGACUGGAGGCCGCAGACGAGGAUGGAAACAAGAAAUGGAAAAGACUGCUGGAGUUAGCGCUAGAGGCUCCCACUGCUAGGCUUGUGGAUUCCCAUUACCCAGACCUUCGGGAGCAUGAGGCUACCUACAACGAGAUCAUUGGGUUCCUCAAAAACCGAUUCUUGAACCAGUCGUCAGAAUACCAAUCCCUUAACGCUAUGCUCGAGGCGUUUCAAAAGCCGGGCGAGCCAUUUUCUGAUUUCCUGGACCGGGUCAGCAGUAUCGCUGCCCGCAGCGGUUUCACGAGCACAGAGGCCAGAGAGUUCAUGACCCGACACCAGGCGUUGAGAGGCACCACCUCCCAGACGAUUCGGACUAAUGCCCUACAACAUAAAUGGUCCCUCCAAGAACUCAGAGCCCGUGCAAGAGAAAUUGAAACAUCCCUGAUGGCGGCUUCCUCAAAUUCGCACAAAGCGCGGGUCACCUUGCAGAUGGACACAACGUACUCGCAGGAGCAGCUAGAGGAGCCGGUCUCGGUGCACCGAGUGAGUGGACCAUACUCCAAGCAACCCAGGCUGAGGGGCGGAUUCCACAACCGGCACCAAAAAGGCAAACCGUGUGGCUACUGCGGCAGGAACCACCCAUUGGGACGAUCGAACUGCCCGUCGGCCCAGGCAACAUGCUCAAAGUGCUCAAAGUUGGGGCACUUCGCUGCCGUAUGCCGGUCGGGGGGAGGACCAGGCUAUCCCCCACCAGCCCAGGUCAAUGCGACGGGCACUAACCUGAUCCCUCUGCAGGGCCCAGAAACAGACGAGGACCCUUCCGUUAUGUACUAUAACGUCCUGGCCAUCAUGAACUCCAAUGACAGAGUGCGGGCGCCCCCAGCAAUGGCGGCCAUCCUCAGAGUCGGCGAAUCCUCCAUCCAAGCUAUUGUCGAUACGGGCGCACAAGCCAAUGUGGCACCCCUACGCCUAAUCCACCCAGACGACGUCCCACGGCUCCAACCAACGUCAGUGACCGUGAGACCAUUCGGGAGUGGAGAGAUCACCACGUGUGGUAUACUGCACACGGAUACAACAUGGAAGGAUUCCACAAUCUCAGAGCGUUGGAUUGUGAUUGACAACACAACCCUCCCCAGACAGGCCAACCCAAUAAUAUCUCGAUCCUUAGCCCAGGCCCUUGGACUGGCCGUCUUGCAUGACGAUCUGAUUCCCUAUUGUAAGCUUCGUGACCACCCCGGUAAUAAAACCACCAUGCCCCACUAUUCAAACCCAAAACAAUAAUGCCGGCACAUAUCGGGUGGGGGUGGACCCAACCGAUCAGAGCAGAGAGUUCGAUCCGGGGACCACAGCAUACAUGGAAAACCCCAAAUUCCGGCAAUGUUUCGAAGGCCUUGGCUGCCUCAAGGACCAUCAGGUGCGGCUCUUCCUCAAACCCGACGCCAAACCAUAUGUGGCUCCACCUCGGAACCCUGCCCUCUACUUCGAAGCUCAAAUUAGCAAGGCGAUAGGAGACAUGCUCUCAAACGGGGUCAUCGAACAACACCAAGGUCCCGCCGACUGGGUAGCGAACCUAGCGGUGGCUUUCAAGGACGACGGGGCCCUGCGAAUCACAGUGGACCUACGCGGCCUCAACGCAGAGAUAAGGGACACCAGGGUGCCCAUCCCAACGCCCGAAAUCAUAAAAGCAAAACUAGCGGGAUGCAAGAUAUUCUCUAAGCUGGAUUUCACCCAAUCCUUCCACCAACUCCAACUCCACCCUGACUCCCGUGAACUCACUGUUUUUCGGUCUGGGGGUAAACUAUACCACUACAAGCG